CUGGUUGUCAUUUCACUCGGCUAGGUCCUGAGGAGAAGGACUCAGCCGCGGCUGCGGGACCCGGGCACCGGGCGGAGGCGGCGGCGGCGGCGGCGGCGACAGCGGCGACAGCAGAGGAGGAAGAGGAGGUAGAAGGAGAAAAGAAGAAGAGCCAGGCGGAGUCCGCCACCACAACAGCGGGGACUGUGGGACUAGGGGAAAGCGACGGCGGCGACGACGACGACGGCCCAGCAACCGUGAGGAGAAACAAAAGCCUUCUAAAUUAUAGUUUUUUAAAAACAGAAUCUUGGGGAAAAAAGAGAGAGAGCGAACAGGGGGGAGGCCCUUCUCUUUUAGGAUAACUACACUAGUGGGUGUUUCCUUUUUUCCCUCUUUUUCCCCCUCUGCGGAGAAUCGAACUGAGAACUGAACGAACCGCCCCUGGGUCCCAUGAGGGAAAAAAACCCCGGAGCCGCAGAGAGGGGAAGAGGCCGUAACCGCUGGACCUUCCAGGUCGCCCCCUUGGUCCCCGCACCCCCAGGCCGCCGGCUCGCCCUCGUCGAGUCUCUCUAAUCCCUCCUGGUCGCGACCCCCCUAAGAGGGAGACACGAGUGUUUCCAACCCAUUUCAUGGGGGAGAGGAGGCCGGGGGGAGCCCGAGAACAGCGACCGCGGCAAGAUCUGCACCCAGAGCCUCAGGAAAAGCCCCAGAGGCCAAAACUGCACCCGGUGAAGGAGCAGAAACAGGACCAGGAACAGCAGAGACCUCCCUGCAACCAUCCUUCCAUUAGUCAACGCUGAUUUCCCUUCCCGCAACCAGGAAUUCACCGCCCACCCCAGAUAACCUAAUAUAAUCUAUAUAUAUAAAUAUAUAAUAUAUAAUGUUCUUAAAUUAUUCCUGAUUUUUUUUUAACCAAGCUGCCAAGAAGAGAACGUGUUCUCCCCUUAGCCCUAUUCUAAUUUUUAUGUGAGUGAAUCUAAACUGCUGAGGAAGACCAUAUGUGAUUGUUAAAUUAUAUAUAUAUACAUAUAUAUAUAUUUUUACUUCGCGCAAUGCUUAUUCUUCUACAUCCAUAGAGAAGCUGUGUUUUUGUCAUUCAUGUACAUUUUCUUUUGGAAAAAGAAAGCGCCUAUUUUACUAACCAAAGACUUGAUUUUUACCCUCUUUGUUUUUAUUCCCUCCUAGAAAUAAGCCCGGUUGGAUUCAUGUUCAUGUUUUAAGAGAUUUUUUUUUUUUUAGUUAUUUUAUUUUUUCUUUCGGAGACCAGAAUUCCAAAUCAAAACUAUUUAAAGUGAUAAGCUGCGAUCUUUGAGCUAGUUAUACAUAAGACAUUUCAAACAAACAAACAACUUAAAUUUGGGGUAGAGGAUACAAAGGCGUGAGACAUCAAGUUGUCGUUUUUUAUUGUAAGAUUCUGCUCGUAAAAAUAAUAAAUGGGGGAUUACGGGUUUGGAGUGCUAGUGCAAAGCAAUACUGGGAAUAAAUCUGCGUUUCCAGUCCGAUUCCAUCCACAUGUGCAGCCUCCACACCAUCACCAAAAUGCCACCCCCAGCCCUGCUGCUUUUAUAAAUAAUAACACAGCUGCCAAUGGCAGCGGUGCCGGGUCAGCUUGGCUCUUCCCUGCUCCAGCUACCCACAACAUUCAGGAUGAGAUCUUGGGGUCAGAAAAAGCAAAAAGUCAGCAACAGGAACAGCAAGACCCUUUGGAAAAGCAGCAGCCCUCCCCCAGUCCAGGUCAGGAAGCUGGAAUACUGCCUGAAACUGAGAAGGCAAAAUCGGAAGAAAACCAAGGGGACAAUUCUUCAGAAAAUGGCAAUGGGAAGGAGAAAAUCAGAAUCGAAUCGCCAGUGUUGACAGGGUUUGAUUAUCAAGAAGCCACCGGGCUAGGUACUUCCACCCAACCCUUGACAUCCAGUGCGUCAUCUCUUACUGGUUUCAGUAACUGGUCAGCAGCGAUCGCACCUUCUUCCUCUACAAUCAUCAACGAAGAUGCCAGUUUCUUUCACCAGGGAGGGGUCCCGGCUGCUUCGGCUAAUAACGGUGCUCUGUUGUUUCAAAAUUUUCCCCAUCAUGUCAGCCCUGGCUUCGGAGGCAGCUUCUCCCCUCAGAUCGGGCCUCUCUCACAGCACCACCCUCAUCACCCUCAUUUCCAGCAUCAUCACAGCCAGCAUCCGCAGCAAAGGAGGUCUCCUGCCAGUCCCCACCCCCCACCUUUCACACAUAGAAAUGCUGCUUUUAACCAGCUGCCUCAUUUGGCGAAUAAUCUUAACAAACCUCCUUCUCCUUGGAGCAGCUACCAGAGUCCCUCUCCUACACCCUCUUCUUCCUGGAGCCCUGGAGGUGGCGGAUAUGGUGGCUGGGGAGGUUCCCAAGGCCGUGAUCACCGCAGAGGGCUAAAUGGAGGAAUAACACCCCUGAACUCCAUCUCGCCUUUGAAGAAAAAUUUUGCAAGCAAUCAUAUUCAGCUCCAGAAGUACGCUCGCCCCAGCUCUGCAUUUGCUCCUAAAUCCUGGAUGGAAGAUAGCUUGAACAGGGCUGACAACAUUUUUCCUUUUCCGGAUCGCCCCCGGACGUUUGACAUGCACUCCCUGGAGAGUUCACUCAUUGACAUAAUGAGAGCUGAAAACGAUUCGAUUAAAGGUCGUCUAAACUAUUCAUAUCCAGGAUCCGAUAGCUCUCUGCUUAUUAAUGCAAGGACAUAUGGGCGAAGGAGAGGUCAGUCUUCACUGUUCCCAAUGGAAGAUGGAUUCUUGGACGAUGGCCGUGGGGAACAGCCUCUCCAUAGUGGCCUGGGUUCCCCUCACUGCUUCACUCACCAGAAUGGAGAACGAGUGGAACGAUAUUCUCGCAAGGUGUUUGUGGGUGGAUUACCUCCUGACAUCGAUGAAGAUGAGAUUACAGCUAGUUUUCGUCGCUUUGGCCCUUUGAUUGUGGAUUGGCCUCAUAAAGCAGAGAGCAAAUCCUAUUUUCCACCUAAAGGCUACGCAUUUCUGCUAUUUCAAGACGAAAGCUCUGUUCAGGCUCUCAUUGAUGCGUGUAUUGAAGAAGAUGGAAAACUCUACCUGUGUGUAUCAAGUCCCACUAUCAAAGAUAAGCCAGUGCAGAUUCGACCUUGGAAUCUCAGUGACAGUGACUUUGUGAUGGAUGGUUCACAGCCUCUUGACCCACGAAAAACUAUUUUUGUCGGUGGUGUUCCUCGACCAUUACGGGCUGUGGAGCUCGCCAUGAUCAUGGAUCGGCUGUAUGGCGGUGUGUGCUAUGCUGGGAUUGAUACCGACCCUGAGUUGAAAUACCCAAAGGGAGCCGGGCGAGUUGCAUUCUCUAAUCAACAAAGUUACAUAGCUGCUAUCAGUGCCCGCUUUGUUCAGCUGCAGCACGGAGAGAUAGAUAAACGGGUGGAAGUGAAGCCAUAUGUCUUGGAUGAUCAGCUGUGUGAUGAAUGUCAGGGGGCCCGUUGUGGGGGGAAAUUUGCUCCAUUUUUCUGCGCUAAUGUUACCUGUUUGCAGUAUUACUGUGAAUAUUGCUGGGCUGCUAUUCAUUCUCGCGCUGGCAGGGAAUUCCACAAGCCCCUGGUGAAGGAAGGCGGCGACCGUCCUCGACAUAUUUCAUUCCGCUGGAACUAAAGGGCGUCUGCAGUGCUCGUUUCCAGGCCCCAGAAUAAGUGCACUCUUCUGUUAAUUCUCACCCCUUCCUCAACCUCUUCACGCUGGCUUGCCCUUUUGUAGCAGUCUGUAAUUUAACAAUAGUAUAAGGAAAAGAAUGGCCUAUAGUAUAGGGGUUUUGUAGAUUCUCGUGUCACUGAAAACAAUACGUAUGGACUCCUUUGUCGUAUUGCCAUCCUGUUGCCUGGAAGUUUUAUUCUCUUGGACAGCAAGAGGAUCCAAACUGCCUGCAACAUUUUCUUAGAGGAGAGAGAAAUAUUAAAAGAGAAAUGAAACAAUAGAGUAUUUUGGGUUUUUUAAUUAAAUUAUUGUUAAUAAUAUAACAUAUAAGAAUACUUUUAUUAAAAUAACCAUGCACCAGUAACACUAUCAGUCUGCCCUGACACUGUGCCCCAGGGAAGCUUUUGCCUUUUCCUUCCUUUUCUCUCCUCCCUCCCUUUUUCCAUCCCCUUUCUAUUCUUUUGACAGCAGCGGAGGAAGUUAACAAUUAUUAACAGGAAAGAGCAUGAAAGCAAACACAAAUGCAUGAGCAAGAUUGAAGCAGCAUUAUCACUCAUUUUAAGGGUUUGGAGGCUGAAUAUAAUUUCAUUCUGCCUCAGAGUUACUACAUCAGAACAGGAAAAAACAAAACAAAACAAAAAAAACAAAAAAACACAAUAAAGUAGGCAGAGCUAGGUUUAUUUUCUUUGAAACAAUUUUAAAAUUUUAGAAUGUAGAAAUUGGGGAAAUUUACGGCUGAAGGAGUGCACUUAUUUAUUUUUAAACUCACUUGUCUGGUCACAGCCCCAGGAAACCUACCAAAGCUAGAAUUAACUACAACUGGUGGGAAAACUAGCAUUUCCUCUCCUGAAGAACAAAUGUAUAAAUUUUAUUUUUGAUGUUAUAUAUAAACUCUAUAUCCUAAUUUACUAACACUCAUCAGGUGUCAGCCUUUGCUCUCCAUUUUGACAUUUAAAAAAAAACAACAAAAACCCCAUCUAGAGAUACCUCAAGGAUAUCGUUUUUUGAUUUUGUGUUAUAGUACACUCGUAGCCAAAACUGGAAGACAAAAAUCGAUAUACAAAUUGGCUGCUGAUUGGCUUACUUUUAGAUUUAAAGUUACUUUGGGUAUCCUGUAAUUUAGUUGUAACAUAGAAAAUGAAAAAAAAGUUUAAAAAAAAGUUAAGUAGUUGCAAAGUGUUUUGCACUGUUGAACUAAGUAACUGUGUAAAUCUGUGCAAAGGUACGUAUGUUUAUCUUACUCUUCCUAUAAAAUAAAAUAACAUUACAGUUUCAGAACUUAGCAUGGGACAUAGUCGGUGUUUGAAGUGCCAACUUCAUCAAGUAAUGCAUGCUUUACUAUAAAUAAAAUUCUAGCUUUGAAAGGCGUUAUUAUUAUGUGUUGAAAAGUAUGCUUCAGGGGUAAAUUUAAAAUAGUCUCUUGAAGCCCUGGUCAUGGAAGUCAUUUUCAUUUUAAUUGACUUUCUCUUAUUAAAUGCCCUACCAACCAUUAAAAGGAUUAUUAUCAGUGUGCAAAACAUAAAAAAAAAAAAAAAAAACAAAGCCUAAUGGCAAUCUUGCUAGUUGUGCUACCUAACAGAACCAUCUUAGAUCCUUCAAAACCAAAGACUUGCCCCAGCAUUACGGUGGAACCACCUGGCUGAUGACCCCUACUGAUUAGGAAAAGCAGUCCUUUAUUUUUAAUACAGGCUUUAAUGAACUAUAUACCUGUUAAGUUCCAAAGGUCAAAAUGGAAGCAUUUGCUGUCUAAUAGUCCAACAUAGAAAGGGAGCUGCUUUUAAAGAAUUCCCUGCAAACGUUGAAAGCAGUCAUGCGAAUGGAGGGUGCUCUUGUGUAGCUGGUCAGGGACUUUUUUUCUUUUCUCCUGAACUACAUAAUUCUAAUUGGAAUGUCCAUUUGCCUCUUUUUCUUCUUUUCAAUGCUUGUAGGUGGCUUGGGGUGUGCUAUUGUGCUGUUCCCACUCAGUAAACAGGUGUGAUGAAGAAAUAACACUGUUUGAGAACUAGCUUUGAAUAAUAAUUUUUCCUUUUGUACAUGACCUGCUGAAUUUCGGUACAGUGUUUUUGUAGCUAACUUAUUUUGUCAUGCACAUAAUGUAUAUUUGUUAUGCACUAGUUUUGUAUAUCUUGUUUUUCCAACAGUGAACAUUUUUAGGCACACUUUUCACUGACGGGAUAUCUCUUUAUGCAAUACCUCAAUUUUUCAUAUUGCAAAGAGUAGCUUUUUGUACUUUUAUUACUGAGAGAUCUUCAUAUACUUCAUUUUUUAAUAUAAAUAAUUUUAAUAAAUUUUAUUUUCUUAUAUUCUGCUUUUUAUACAUUUCAGUGCUCUGCAUACAUUUUAAAUUAUGGAUGUUGUGCACUGGCAAUGCUAUUUUAGAGUCUGCAGAAAAGAGAAAGCAUGUUGCUUAAACAGCCUUCCCCAGCACCAGCUAUUGGUGUUCCUAUAAUUUAAGAAAAUAGUCUAUGUAAAGUCACAAAUUAAUGAAAAAAAAAAAUUCGCAUGAAAGUGACAGAUAACACUGUAGUUCCUAAAAAAAAAAAAAAAUUAAAUGCAUAAGCAUAGGGUAGAAAUUUAAAAUAACAAAAUUGUCUACAGCUUCUUACUGAGUUUUAAAAAUUAUUCAUAACGCAGACAUUUUUGGUGAAUGUUUAGCCAUUUUUAAUAUUAAUACAUUGAUGUUAGGUGUUUGAUUCAGAGAUGUCUGCUCUUUUAAAUUAUAUAUAAAGAAAAAAAAUAACCUGCCGUGGGACAGGUAUGUAAUGUUAGUAUGCAUGACUAAUGUAAGAAAUCGUUAUUCUACUAAUAUUUACUUGUGAUUGUGUGACAAGCGUGUUUACAGAUUAUUUGGUUACACUUCAAUUUACAGGGCAUAACCAAUUAUUAUCUAUUACUCUGAACUUUCUUGAUUACAUGUCCUUCAGAUUACAUGGGAUUGUAGUUGGGAGUUACCAUGUAACUCAAAACAGAAUUAACAUGUAAUUAGUUUACAGAUUUUAGGGUAUCACUUCAAUUUACCAAGCAUGUAGCUUUAGCGCACCAGCAUGGCACCAGCCAUGUAUUUACAAUGUAGUUACAGAGUAAUUACAUGGUUAUUUUUGCAAUGUAAAAUAAAGUGUUUCUGAUUAUUUUCUAUGUAAAGGAACCCUCGCCCCUCCCCCCUUCUGGUCCCCAUGCUUUGGUAUAAUAUAUAUCCUUCUCCAUACACAGACCUCUACAGAAUGCAAAAUAAAACUUGCAGUGAAUGAAUUGAGCAUUUUAUGAGAGUGCUGUUGGAAAGACUUGAUAAUUCACCCCUUUUGUUUUGAAGAGUUGAAUCUUCUGUUAAAAGGUGAUUUAAAACUUGAAUGUGAUGAAUUGUGGCAAGUUAACUUCAAGUUAUGUGCAAUACUUAUUUCAAACUUUUGAAAGAUCUUUGCAGUGUAAUUCUUUGUUUUUAAUUGCAGACAUUUAAAAAUGUCAUUUUCUACUGUUAAGAGUAAUCCUCUUUCUUGCUGGUGUUUCUAAAGAAAAGAAUCAGAAAUCAAUCUUUCUACUAAUGUAAAUUUGAGAUUAUUUUUAAAAAUGGAAUAAAAGAGGUUUUGGUCAUUUGCUUUAUUUUAUUAUUUUAAAGCUACUGUGAUUGAUAGCAUUGUAAGAAUUGGGACAAUAUUGUAUUCAACUGUUUUAUUUUUUAUAUUUUUAAAAUUUAAAGUAUAAUUAGUUUUUAUAAUUUUCAUCAGAUUUUUGUUAUAUUUUUUGGAAGUGAAACUUUUAGCAAGUGGGUGUCUAGUUUUUACUAAUCCCUAAUGUGUUUUUUUUUCCAGUGUAUUGCUCAUAUUAUCAGAAGGAAAAGUUAUUUAAGUAUGUCAGUUAAUUGUACUACUUGGCUGAAUUUCCAUAUAGUUUUUACUGUGUAUGGGGAGCUUGUAGUAUUUAUUAUAGCAUUUUAAAUAAGGGUAAUUCAUUUUUUAUUAAAGUCAUUUUCACGUUAAGUUCCUAUUUUUGUAUGUUCUACUCUUAAGUUAUAUAACACAGUUCCUUUUUUAAAAGAGUUCAUUUGUUGAAGUGCUAGUGGAAAGUUAAUGUUAUUAAAUAGUUUGCAAAUGACUAUUUAUACCAGUAUGCAUAUAAUUUUUAAAUAUUUGUAAUGUGAGAUGUUGAAUGAAUAAAACUUUUAACUCAGA